AUGCUGGCAAGCUCAUCUCGCAAUGCACUCAAAACAGCGCAUACACGACUUUCGGGCAUAGCUACAGACCUCUGCAGCGCCCAGCAGGCGCAGGUGGUCACCUUCGGCUGGUCAAGGUGCGCCCAGCAGCAGCGGCAUGAGUCGUCCGCGCAGGUGCGCACGCAGCAGAAUAUCUUCCAUGAGCGCGAUGGCCGGGCUCGGCGGCAUGGUGGCCUCCGCAACCAGCCCUACCAGUUCACACCGGACGUCGACUUCCGCGGCACGACGGUUAUGACCGAGGUCGCGCGGUACAACCUCAAGCUCAGCCGCUUCAUCGAGGGGAGCCUCACGCGCGUUGUGAUGCGCGUCUGCCUCCAGAUGAAGAACAAGGGCCUCCGGCCGAACCUCACGACCUAUACCUAUAUCAUGCAGGCGUGCGGUAUUGAGGGCAGUUACGACAUGGCUCGCGCGACGCUCGAGGAUAUGGUCUCAAUGGACAUUCGUCCUGACCGCGAGAUUUUCCAUUACCUACUCAAUGCAGCACGCUACCAGGACAGCCGGAAGCUCUGGGAGGUCAUCUCCAUGAUGGAGCGCUUCGAUAUAAGACCAAAUGAGUCGACAUAUGAGUAUAUCAUAUUGCAGUAUGCUGAGAGCGGUAAUCUCGAGCUCGCCCUGCAGUAUCUUUCCGCUCUAGGCAUGCGCGGCUUGUCUCCAACAUUGAAAACCGCGCAAGGCAUUAUCCGCGUGGCAGGCUCGAUGGGAUUCCCACGACUAGCAUUGGAUCUGGCAGAGGCUUUCGAGCAGACGUCUGUGCGCCGUCUGGACGGAGAAGUUUGGGCGGAGUGCUUGGAAUCGUCCUCCGAGGCAUUAUACGAGGAAGGUGUCCUCCGGACUUGGCAAAAGGUGGUACACGAGCUCAACAUUACUCCCGACGAAGGUUGUUGCAUUCAGGUCCUGCAUACGGCCGCGAGACAUGGUCUAUCUGGACUGGGCCUUGAUGUUCUGCGGGUGCUCAGUCGUAUAGGUGUCGCUUGGCAGGAGUAUCACUUCGCGCCCGUCAUUGAGGCGUUCUGCAAGGACAACAAGAUCAAGGACGCGAUGGAGAUGCUGGCAAUGAUCCGCGCGCAUGGAAUUAACCCCAUCUCGGAGACAGCUUAUCCGAUAUUCCAGAUGAUUCAAAAAGACCCUGAUACUGUCGACGAGGCAUGGGGUUACCUGGAGACGCUCCGCGAAGAAGGAAAGGUGGUGGACGUGACUGCGUUGAACGUGAUAAUCCAAGCUUCGGUUGGGAUCGGUGACCUUCAGCGGGCAGUCGGAACGUACAAGGCGGCCGGCGACCUUGGGGUGGCGCCGAACGUGGACUCGUAUAACCUGCUACUCUCCGGGUGCAUCGUCUCUCAGCACCGAGAGCUGGGUGACCGGCUGCUAGGGGAGAUGAAGGAUGCGUCCAUCAAACCGGACGUGCGGACGUACGAGCGGCUGAUCGUGCUGUGCCUGACACAGGCGAACUAUGAGGACGCGUUCUUCUACCUGGAGGAGAUGAAGAACGAGGGGCACCUGCCACCGGUGACGGUGUAUGAGGCGAUCAUCCGGAAGUGCGUGCAGGUGGGAGACACGCGGUACCAGCUUGCGGUGGAUGAGAUGGUGGAGUGCGGGUAUGAGAUGUCUGAGAAGCUGGAGAAGCUCAUUCAGUCUGGAGGGGAGAACGAAGGGUCGGAGGGGACGCCUGACCCUGUCGCGCGCAAGAUCCUGAUGAUGGGGCGUCGGCCAGCGAAGACUGAGAUGCGUUCGCAGGUACUGCCACAUCUCGCCGCUCAGCCUCCCCCGGUCUCAUCCAGUUUGAACACUCUUCUUUUCCUCGUGUUGCCCUGCAUGAAUACUCGCAACCACGACGUUAUCGACGUCGAUGCCGCAGAAGACGCUAAUGAGGUCCAAUUCCGAGGAUUCUACCGCAACGUAGGAGCACACCAUACAUACCUAGUUAAUCGCAUUAGGGAGAAUAAUGUGAUUGACCUCAUAUCUGACGAUGAGGGGGACGGAGGUGCUGGUCCCAGUAUCGCGCCACAGAAGGGUUUCAGACCCAAGUCACUGGUUGUUGCAAAGGAUUUGCCACGGUCACAUCCUUCCUCGUCAAGGAGCAAGUUGCCUUCUGAUGAGAAAGCUAUGGCUCUUGCAAAGAAACGCCCACUUUCCAGUGAGAAGACUAAAUCUUCCGAGAAGGGACGCCAACCUUCCAACGACAAAGCCAAGCCCCCGGCGAAGAGGGACUCGUCUUCCAGCGACAAGUCCAAGAAGCGAAACCUUGAUCCUGGCGAGAGGAUAGAGCCUCCCGCAAAGCGCUUUAAAGGUUCGGACGGAAAAUUUGCACCCGCUCCCAACCCCUACUCCCGCAAGCGCCCUCGCCAACCGCUCAUGGCUUCCAGCAGGGAGGCGGAAGUGAUUGUCAUUGACGACUCUGACGAGGAGGAAUUACCGCUAAAGAGAGCGCGCACGUCCCCGGACGACACGCCUGAUGCGCCAGAUCCGGUUCCUGAGUUGGAGGAUGAACUAGGUCGUAGUACCGAAGUCCUGCAAUGUCUAGCGCUUGGUCAAGACGGGCCGGAUCCUGAUCCUGAUCCUGACUCUGAGUAUGACUACUUUCAUGACGCAUAUGAUCUGCACAGAAAGAGUAAUUGGGAGCCUUUCCCCGAGUCCACAGUUGAUUAUGAACUUGAAACCAAGGAAGGUCAGACCCUUGCCGAGAAGAUGGCAAAGCUAUCCGUGUCAACCUAUUCCACCACGCGCACAUUAUUCUCCUCACCCUGGGACUCUGACAAUGAAGACGGCACAGACGUUUGGUGCAGGUUACAAGGAAUGCAUCGCCCGCGAUUCAAGUGUUCCAGUCGGUCACCAUAUGACCACUUGGUUCCAGCCAAAUCACUAUCGACAACUUCAGGUUCCGUCAUGAAAGUACGGCAAUCCGCCGGCAUCAUUGCAAUUGCGAGCGCCGUCGCUGACGGAACAGCUGACAUGGAUGAUCAGGAGCCAAGCGCAUACAACCGUGAAGGCAAUUUGAGAGUCUGGUGCGAUGGGACAGAGUUUACGCUGUAUGGCCACGAAAGAAGUUACACUUCAGAAGGUCGAGAUAUGCGCAGGUUCUAUACCGUGAACGAUGUUCAGUUCGAUCCUGCCCUUCCAACAAGACUAGUUUCGUGUGGACAUGACCUCACAGUAAAAGUUUGGGAUUGUACCGCCGUUGAAUCUGGUGCUACAGCUCUGGAAUAUGCUACGACCCCGGAGUACGGUGCGCCAGAACUGGUCCAAACAGUCACAUUCCCCUGCAUACCUGAAUCUAUGCAGUUCAAACCGGAGGGCUCUGUGCUCGCCGUGGCGGGCUCGAAUGGACGCGUGUACCUGCAGCGCAAUACGAAUUUGAAGUACCGGACCGUGCUGACCGUCGCUUCGGGUGCGGAAGGCGGCGUGGUGGACCUCACUUGGGGUGCGGAGAGCUCGGCCAACAAGUUAUUCGCAACGGCCGCAGGGGAAGGCGACGGUGUGCACAAGGCAUUCGACGUCACCAAGGGCAAGGAGAUCUGCCAGUUUGACGCGGAAGACCCAGGCGAGAGGCUCGCGAUCGACGAGAGCGGCACAACGCUCGCCCUUGCAACGCUCAGUCCCACCCGCGCACACCACUUGCACCUGUACGAUGCGCGGCGGUGCCUCCGGCGGGCAACGCAGACCGUCGCUCUCGAGCGCUUCCGCGGGGGGUUCAACGAGGUGAACCGCAUGUCAUUCAGUCCGGACGCGCUGUUCCUCGCCGUCGCGCGCAGUGAUAAUGCCGUAAGCGUGUAUGACGCACGUAUGCUCAGCCGUGGGCCGCUGCAGGCGUUCGCGCACGACGAGCGGUCGACGAAGAAGCCUGCGCGAUACGGCGUUGUCGAGGCGCUAUGGGUCGAGCGUGGUCGCGCGCUGUUGACAGGGGGAAAUGAUGGGUUUGUUCGCAUGUGGGACGUCCGCAGGGCCGCUAGCGAUCCGUAUAAUGGUGUGGCCGUGGCCGGGUGCGAUUAUGAUAUCGCGCAUUUUGCACUGGGGAAGGACAGGGGGGACAAGCCGCUUGUCGUGGGCGACUUGUCUGGCAGGGUCAAAGUUUUCGACUAUGGAAGGACAUAG